CCGCCCAAGCUGCCGUGUUCUUCCCCCUUGCGACUUGAGCUCCCACCCCACACUAUCUUGCGGCGUGUCCUCACAUCGACUAUCAGAGACGCAAGGGAAAAAAGCUACAGUGACCUUUAAUACAGGGGCCUCCGGCCUUGGAAUUUGCCAAAAAAGAAGACGCAUAAAAGUGAAGAGGAGCCGCUGCUGUGAUAAGGACCGGUAGAGAUGAGUCCGAUACUGACCAAUCGGCAAGCUGAAGAGCUGUAGGUGUAGGCCUGCCAUGGCCUAUGGGCUACCACGGGAACAUUGCGAAGGAUAGAUAGAAGGCUAACCGCCGUGUGCAUAGUCAUAAGUCGAUAAUAGCAUAUCUAACGGCUAAUAAUCUCCUGGACACGGCCAACACCUUGAGGGCGGAGUUGAAUCUAAACGAGGAUGCGUUUGACCCGGCCACAGCGAAGAAGUAUGAGACAUUACUGGAGAAGAAAUGGACCAGUGUAGUCCGGUUACAGAAAAAGAUUAUGGAUCUUGAGUCUCGAAUGUCAGCAAUGCAGGCUGAGCUUGACAAUGCGACACCAACAUCACUUUCUAAACGCAACAAAGACCCCGCGUCCUGGAUACCAACUGCUCCUGCCCGACAUGCUCUGGAAUCGCACCGAGAUACCAUCAACAGCGUCGCGUUCCACCCUAUAUUCUCCUCAGUUGCUUCAGCAUCCGAUGAUUGCACAAUUAAGAUAUGGGACUGGGAGUUGGGUGAACUAGAGAGGACGAUCAAGGGUCACACGCGGGCAGUUGUGGACGUGGACUUUGGGGGUCCGAGAGGCGGUAUACUACUGGCGUCAUGCAGCUCGGAUCUAAGCAUUAAACUAUGGGACCCAUCGAACGAAUAUAAGAACAUACGGACCCUAGUAGGCCAUGAUCACAGUGUCAGUGCCGUGCGGUUUAUACCCCUCGGAGCUUCGGGGGCCCCAUCAUCGGGCAAUCUGCUGGCUAGCGCUAGUAGAGACAAGUCUCUGAAGAUAUGGGACGCCAACACCGGAUAUUGUUUGCGAACUUUACAAGGCCACACUGCCUGGGUACGAGAUGUGUUUCCCUCUCCGGACGGGAGGUUUUUGCUCUCAACCGGAGACGACAGCACUGCAAGAUUAUGGGAUAUUUCUGUCUCAAAUCCGGAAACUAAAGUAACAAUGUUUGGCCAUGAUCACUUCAACGAGUGUUGCGCUAUUGCGCCUUCUACCUCAUACCAAUAUCUAUCGCCUCUAACUGGGCCUGAAAAAGCCUCCACCUGCGAGUAACACUGCAGAGUUCAUGGCCACUGGCUCCCGAGACAAGAAAAUUAGAUAUGGGAUGCUCGAGGGACUUGCCUCUUGACAUUGGCCGGUCACGACAACUGGAUACGGGCAUUGGCUUUCCAUCCCG